GCCGCGGGUGGCUGCAGGUGCCGAGCCUACGCUGGGGCCAGAAUGAAAUCACUCUGAGUCCUGACACAGAGAGGAGUAGACGUGUGCUGUAGUGCUCCGAGACAAACCUUGCUCCCAAUUCCCGUCACCGCCACCAUGAUGCAGUUUGCGGCGUAUUACUCUGAGAUGAACCAGGCCGUGCCAGGGGGCGCCUCGCUCAGCCCGGGCCACGAGGGCGCCUACGGGGAGUGCCAAGUACCCUCCCCCUCCCAGUGGUCCGACCCCUGCUACUCCCCACCCUCCUUCCACUCCCCCCAGCACCAACCCGGGGAGCUGGAGAAGGUGAAGGAGGAGCCGUUCUCCCCCUCCCCUCCCUCCUGCACCACCUUCCCCCCCUCCCCCCCUGCCCCCCACCACAUGUCCCCCUACGCCCGCCCCCAGCAAGCCGUCCACCCCAAGAAGGAGUCCUACGAGACCUCCCUCAACCUGUCGGAGCUGCUGGCGGAAAACCACGCCCUCACCAACACCCACCACCACCUGCAGCCCCCCCAGCAGAUGCCUCAGGCCCCCCCCGGUUAUGCCCCCUACCCCGACCACCCCCUCCUGCGCGGCCGCCUGGAGGAUAACACCUUCAAUAAGAAGAUCGUCGCCAUGGCCCCCUACAACAACGACGGCCUGGGGUUCCUGGACAUGCUGAUGGACAUGAAGCAGGAGACUGACGACGACGGGUUCAUCGUGGCGCCCUGUGGCUCCCCCCAGGCCCCCGCCCAGCCCGCCGCCCCCGCUCCUGCCCCGCCCGCCGCCCCGCCCAUGGCCCCCGUCAGCGCCGCCGCCUGCCAGAGGGACAUUCUGGAGACGGUGGAGCAGCUGGCCCUGGAGCACGCCAGGAUGGACGUGCAGCGGGUGUCCGACUCCCUCAACAUCCCCCGCGACCCCGCCCAGUGGAGCGUGGAUGACGUGAGGGCCUGGCUGGACCAGCAGGCCGCCCACCUGCAGCUGCCGCCUCUGAUGCUCAACAUUUGGAACUAUGGCGGCACCGAGCUGCUCAAGCUGACGGAGGCUCAGUUCCGCCAGCUGGCCCCCGUCGGCGGUGAGCUGCUGUAUGCCCAGCUGGAGAUUUGGCGCGGCGCCCUUCGCGCCACGCCCAAGCUGAUGCCGCAGUACCACUACUGGUCUGGCCAGCAGGUGGACCACUCCAUGCUGCUCUCCUCUUUCAUGGCCCCUCCACAGCCGCAGCAGCAGCAGGUGCCGCAGGUGGAGUCGUCUACCCAAGCCGGCUCACCGCCGCACCUGGGCUCCCCCCACCACCUGGGUUCCCCUUCCAGCCCUCCCCUGUCCCUCACUACCAGCCUGGGUCAGGUGCCCACGCCCGUAGUGCAGGUGACUCAGCAGCAGCAGCAACAACAACAGCAGCAGCAACAACAGCAGCAGCAGCAGCAGCAGCAGCAGCAGCAACAACAACAACACCUGCAAGCCGUGGGCGGGGGGUCCUGCCCUCCACCCACGCCCCAGGGGCAGCAGACCGGCAGCGGCGUGUUCCUGGAGGAGCAGUGCCUGGACGUGACGGCGCUCCUCCAGCAGCAGAGCAGCCCCAAGGUGGCCCACACCACCCGCCUACCGGCUCACUCGCCCCAGGAGGACGGCUACGACUCGGAGGAGGAGCCCGAGGAGGACCCGUGCACCACCACCACCACCAGCGGCCGCGGGGGCACGCACAUUCACCUCUGGCAGUUCUUGAAGGAGCUUCUGCAGCAGCCUCAACUGUACGGCUCUUGCAUCCGUUGGCUGGAUCGCCCCAAGGGUGUGUUCAAGAUCGAGGACAGCGUCCGUGUGGCCCGGCUCUGGGGCAAGCGCAAGAACCGUCCCGCCAUGAACUACGACAAGCUGUCCCGCUCCAUCCGCCAGUACUACAAGAAGGGCAUCAUGAAGAAGACCGAACGCUCGCAGCGCCUCGUGUACCAGUUCUGUCACCCCUACAGCCUGUAGGGCGCGGCCAGAGCCCGGUGUGCCUGUCUGUAUGCGUGUGUGUGUGCCCAGCCUAGCGUUAGGGGGGGGAAGGUAAUUUCCCUUGAUUCCAUGCACGGUCGAUGUUGGUUGACUCGGUCUGAGCCAGACCUGAGCGCCGCGUCAGACCCUGUGUGUCAUUUUUACACCAUAUAUCUGUGAUAUAUUGAAAUAUGUAAGUUCUAUGAACUUCGUGUUAUAUUGCGUCCGCGGCGGCAGCAGUUAGUGUCGCCCGGACCGGCAUAGGCCUAUGUCAUCAUCAUUUAGCUUAAGUUGCCGGCGUGUUGCGGCGGUGGCGACGGGCGAGGCGCAGCGAGUUGCGGCGCCGCGCCCGCCGCCCUCAGCCCGCCCUCACAGCCCUAGAUCUGUAAGUUAGUAUUACUGAUAAUGUUAGUGUUAGUGUUGUAUCCUGGCGCAGGGGCCGGCAGGGCCUGUGGGGCACGGGGAGGGGUACGGCCACCCCUCCCCCCCAACAGCCGCCCCCGUCACCGCCCGCCCUUUGGCGCUGGCGUGGGCGGCCCGCUGCCACAUCCCGCCCGCGCCGCCGCACUGUAGCGGCGGCGUCGCGGGCGGCCCGGCGGGGCGGGGCUGUCGCUACGGCCACACCCCGCCCCGCCCACCGGGCGUCGGGCGGCACAGUGUCGGCGUAGGCGUGGUGGGGCGCCAAGCCACGCCCGCACCCCACCACGCCCACCCGCGCCCGACGCCCGCCACACUCUAAUGGUCAUAGUAUAUUUUUGUACUAUGCAAGUUAUUGUUGAUGUAUACCUUAAGAGUAUAACCCAAAACAAGAAAACACCAAAAAAAAUACAAAAAAAAAAAUCCCCCACGUUAUGAGUGCGUGGCGGCGGAGCCUUGGCGCCGCGGAAAAUAAACUCCACCCUUAA